GCUGCACAGAAGCCAUCUCAGUGUGCUAGAGGACCAUUUUUAAUCUGCACUGAAACACCCCUUUGCUUUCUCAGCCAAUUCACCAACAUGUUCGGUUAGAACAAGAAUUUACAUUCUGCGAAAGAAGUUCACAGGAGGAAACAUCUGAAAUGGAAUUCAAGUAUUUGGUCUUCAUUUUGCUUUGUCAAUACCUGAACAAUACGUUUUUCUCAGAGACAGAAGCAAUUACAACAGAGCAGCAAUCACAGUCUACUUUAAUUACAUCAUCAAUGUUAUAUGUUACAACUGAUUCUCAAAGCACAGCAGGGAAUGCCUUGAGUCAAACAACAAAAUCCAAAAACAUUGCUACUGGAAGACAAGUACAACCUGCCCAAAUCACUCCUGAACGAGCAACACCAGCUGUUUAUGUCUCUUCAAGACCACCUACUUAUAAUAUCACCAGACAAGCAGUAUCAGCAGUCAACAACUCCUUCCCACAAACAUCACCAUCUGGGUUCACUUUGACCAAUCAACUAUCACCUUCUGCCUAUAAUUCUACUAAACCACCACCAAAACCUUCUGUCCAUACGUCCACACAACAGCCAUCAUCACCUGCUCCUACCUCUUCUGGAAAACCAGUACUACAAACGACUCAUAAUCGACCCACAAAAUCAACACCAACUGUUUAUUUACCAAGGGACACACCACCACCACCACCACCACCACUCACUUCAGAACCAACGAGUGGCAAAGGAACUGCUCAUAAAAACAACCACAAUGCAAUAGCUGCCAUAUUAAUUGGUACAAUUAUAAUUUCUAUGUUGGUAGCUAUUCUCAUGAUCAUACUGUGGAAAUACUUGAGGAAGCCAGUCUUAAACGAUCAAAAUUGGGCAGGGAGGUCUCCAUUUGCUGAUGGAGAAACACCAGAAAUGUGUAUGGAUAACAUUAGAGAGAGUGAGGUAUCCACAAAACGCGCAUCAGUUGUUUCACUUAUGACUUGGAAACCAAGCAAAAGCACACUGUUAGCAGAUGAUUUAGAAGUUAAGCUGUUUGAAUCAAGUGAACACAUUAAUGAUACCAGCAACCUCAAGACUGGGAAUGUAAAAGAUCAAAUAAAUGGUUUAUCAGAAGACAGUGCUGAUGGGUCCACAGUUGGUACAGCUGUGUCUUCUUCAGAUGAUGCAGAUCUGCCCCUGCCACCUCCCCUUCUUGAUUUGGAUGAGAAUCUACCAGACAAGCCCACAAUGAUAGUUGUACCUCCUCUACCAAAUGAUUCUACCAAUCUCCAACCAUCUCCAGAUGGCCUAAAUCACGUGUGUGAAGAACAUCAUUCCAAGAUCCAAGAGCCAUUCCCUCCACCCCCUGACUCAUUUAAUGUGCCUCUGUCAGAUUUUAUAAACAACCAAGAGUCUACCCAUGAGGCUCAGUGCCAGGAGUUCUCUACUCCUGACCUCCAUCUGGACCUCACGGACUCUCUACCACCUCCACCUACAGAGGGGCUAUAAAGUGGCAGUUUGCUUUCUAGUCUGUCCUCCAUCCUGAGAUGGCUCCACCCAUUCCUGUCCCUGUGGUAUGGCACACAGGACAUGAAAACUGGCAUUUGAGUGACUGUUUAGGAACUACCUGACACCUGACUGAAGCCCAAAUACACGGGUAGAUUAUUACAGUGGAAUGCUUACCGGCUACAGAAGUAAUUUUUUUUUUUAAA